GAGUCAACAGGAAAACCACAAGAAACAUUUAAUACAAGAAGUUGUCACUCAGAAGAAACCUGGGGAGAGAAGUUACCAGUGUGAUGAAUUUGGAAGAAAUUUUGGCCGGAGGUCAUUACUUGUUCAACAGCAAGGAGAAAGACUACGUAACUGUGAUUCAUUGAAAAAGAACCUAAAACAAAAUUCAGAUCUAAUGAGGCAUAAGAGAAUUUGUGCAGGGAAAAAACCCUGGAAGUGUAAUGAGUGUGAGAAAGCCUUUAGUUACUACUCAGCUUUUGUUUUGCAUCAGAGAAUUCACACAGGAGAAAAGCCCUAUGAGUGUAAUGAGUGUGGCAAAGCCUUUAGCCAGAGCAUACACCUUACUCUCCACCAGAGGAUUCAUACCGGAGAAAAGCCCUACAAAUGUCACGAAUGUGGGAAAGCCUUUAGUCAUCGCUCAGCCCUUAUUCGGCAUCACAUAAUUCACACUGGAGAGAAACCCUAUGAAUGCAAUGAAUGUGGGAAGGCCUUUAAUCAGAGCUCAUAUCUCACUCAACAUCAGCGAAUUCACACCGGAGAGAAACCUUAUGAGUGUAAUGAAUGUGGGAAGGCCUUCAGCCAAAGCACAUUUCUUACCCAGCAUCAGGUCAUUCACACUGGAGAGAAACCCUAUAAGUGUAACGAAUGUGGGAAAGCUUUUAGUGAUCGUUCAGGCCUCAUCCAGCACCAGAGAACUCAUACUGGGGAAAGGCCUUAUGAGUGUAAUGAAUGUGGGAAAGCCUUUGGCUACUGUUCAGCCCUGACUCAACAUCAGAGAACUCACACAGGGGAGAAACCCUAUAAAUGCAAUGAUUGUGCCAAAGCCUUCAGUGACCGCUCAGCCCUCAUCCGUCAUCAAAGAACACACACUGGAGAGAAACCUUACAAGUGUAACGAUUGUGGGAAAGCCUUCAGCCAGAGCUCAUCUCUCACAAAGCACCAGAAAACUCACACUGGAGAAAAACCUUAUAUGUGUAAGGAAUGUGGAAAAGCCUUCAGCCAGAGUUCAUCCCUUUCUCAACAUCAGAAAACUCAUGCUGGAGGGAAAACCAAAGAAUAUGGAAAAGUCUUUAGUGAGCAUUCAGCCUUUGUCCAGCAAAAUAGAAUUCAUAAUGGUUAAAGACUGUAAAAUUUUUUCCUGGGUGUGACUAAUCAUUCUUGAGGGGGAAAUUGUUGAUUGAGAUAACUACUUAGAUGAUUACUCACACCCAGGGAAAAAUGAGACUUGUGAGUUAGCCAGUCACAAAGUUCCCAUGAGGGCAGCUUCCCCUGAAUCCACAGAACACUGGCCUGGCAGUUCACUUUUGCACUUUGUGUCUUUUAGACCUUGCUUAUUUAGACAUCUACUGAAAAUCAUGUUAAUUACCAGGGUCAGACCUGUAGCCUAGAAAGGGGGAGUACAGAAGGGCCUUUGAUGUUUUCUGUCUGUUUCAAGCUGAGUUACUUGACAAUGUACUUAUUUAUGAAGAUUUACCUUCAUUGUAUGUAGUUUGUACUUUAGACUUUUUCAUACCAUAGUAAAAUUUAGUUGUAGGCCUGAACUGACACUGAAUAUUAGGUUGUGAAAAUUUGAAAAGACUUUGAAAUACUUGCCUUUCACCAUUUGAUUCUUGGGUAG